AUGGCGAAUCCGGUUGUAGCACCUUGGGAGCUUGAUCCUAAAGGAGAUGUCCUACUUACACUUCACAACCCGAACGCACCAUUUGCUGUAUGGGAUGAAUACUGGUAUAGGAAGAUAGCAACCGAAGCUACUCAUGUCAGACCAAUCUACAAGUCCAACGCCAAAGUCCAGUUCUUACUCUCGUCAAGACAUCUAUCUUUAGCUUCCGGGUACUUUAAAAACCUUCUGCGAGGUCCUUGGAUAGAAGCAACGCCAACGUCCCCAGAUGGUCGCCUGUGUGUGGAUGCUGAGGGUUGGGAUGAGAAUUCUAUGCUCAUUCUAAUGCGAAUUAUACACGGUCACAAUUACAAAAUCCCCAAAUCAAUGACUCUUGAAGAAGUUGCUAAGGUUGCCGUACUGGUUGACUAUUACCAAUGCCAUGAGGCAGUUAUGGUGUGGUCAGAUGUAUGGAUAAACAAUAUGCCUGGUUAUGACAAACAUACGUUUAACAGGGACAUUGUUCUAUGGAUUUUAGUUACUCAAGUUUUCCGUAAAGAAAAAUUAUUCAAGAACGCAACGCUGGUCGCUAUACAGCAUUGUAAAGGUAAAUUCCCAACGUUAGGCCUGCCAAUCACGGCAGCGGCCGGAAGAAUCGAUGAGCAGAGGGAGUAUCUCCUGGGUCAGAUUUUUUUUCUUUUAUAUGACCUUUUAAAACGCUUACGCGAGGGCCGAGCUGGAUGCUCAUUCGAGUGUUCGUCGAUGCUGCUGGGCGCACUCAGUAUACAGCUCCAGAAGCUAGGGAUCUUGGAGCCGCCGCUGAAUCCCCCAUAUGCUCGCUAUAGUUACCUGAUAACUAUAUCAACGAUGUUGGGAUUAGUUACUCCUAGAUGGAUCCCCUUGCCAUCAAGCGCGCUCCCAAAAGCGCCAGCCUCGACCUCAAGAGAAGAACCACACUCUUGUACGCUUCCGAGCUUUCUCUCCGCGAGGUUGAGUGAUAAAGCCAAAGGCAUCGAGCUAGCAAAUAUCCGCAAAGACUGA